ACAAGCGCCUCUUCAACGCGAGAACUUGGAACGCCCAUACGAAAAAAAGAGAAAACAGCCAGCCACUGGAUAAUAUCCUUUGUCCGUGAAAUCAGCUGGCAGGUAGCGCUCAUCUAGCGUCCAACGCUACGGAAAUCAAGCGGAUGACUAACGGUUUGCCAAGCGCUCGGCGCAUCAACAGGCGGCGACGCAAACAAUUAUCAGCAGAGCGAGGAGGGGAUUUCGAAGACCACCUGCGCUCCCGGCGGCGCUCUUCCCCGGCCUCUCCUCCAUGCGUCCAUGCUGAAAGUCUGGAUCUUUUAAUGGUGCAGAGCUGAGAGACAAUCCUCCCGGCUGGCUCCACUCGUAACUGCGCCGCCCGCUUUGUGAGAGAGCUGGGAGAUGGAGCUGCGGUCAGGGCGUCGCCUCCGCUCGCUACCUACGCCUCGACCUCGCCGUACUCGACGGCCGCCUGUCUUCCCUGAUGGCGACGGGUCGGACAGGUUCACCGCCCUUCCGGAUGAGAUGCUGCUGGAGAUCCUCGCCCGCCUCCGGUGCGCCCGCGCCGCCGCAGACACUAGCGGCCUCUCCCGCCGCUGGCGCGGCCUCUGGAAGCACCUCCUCGAGCUCUCCUUCCGCGACAUGCCGGCCGACGCUGCCGUCGCAGCCCUCGGCCAGGUCGCCGGCCAGGUCGCCGGCCAGGCUCUGUCCUUCCUCGAGGUAGACAUCCCUUAUAAGCACAGGGUUCCGGAACCUGCCCGCGUCUCGGCGCUGCUCCAUGCCGCGGCGCGCCUUGCGCCGGCAGACCUCUUCUUCCGUCUCUACGGGGACUGUAAAGAUGGCAACUUUCCAUUCGAGAUCCCCUGCUUCGAGCGCGCCACCUCGGUCAAGCUGUACAUUAUGGGCCUUUAUCUAAUCCCGCCGGCAGGGGCCGUCGAGUUCCCUCUGCUGGAGAAGCUGUCCGUCGUCUGCAGCCGCGUCGACACCGCGGAGCUGGUCCGUCGGUGCCCUCGCCUGCGCGUGUUCGAGAUCCAGUUUUAUCCCUCAAGAGAUGUCGCCGCAAACCGUAUCAAAGUCCACUCACCCACGAUUGAGGACCUUGCGGUUGAUGUUUACCGCCAACUGGAUAGACUGGACAUCAUUGCCCCCGUGCUUAAGCGCUUCAGCCUGCGGGUCAAGAUUGGCAAGGAUUCCACUGUUUCUUUCUCAGCUCCGAUGGUGGAAAAUAUCUGGUGGUAUUGCUCAUUUCAGCACAAUUAUGUCGGGUUUGGAGAGAAAUGGCGUCUUUCCUCCCUGAAGCUAGUGAUGGAGGAGAACGUAGGCGUCCUACAUAUGUGGAUAUAUUGGAAGGGUUAUGAUGUGCUACCUGACCGGACCUUUUCUCAGGAGAUAGCACAGCUUCUUGCCUUUUCUGUUCUGGAGUUAGAGCUGGAGUUAGAUUUACAAUCGAAAAUUCAUGGUAUUGGAGCACUAGUAUCACAUCUGCUUGGAGUCUGUUCAUCUAUACGAAGACUCAAGGUGGAUAAACAAUACUUUGGGGCCACAAAAUGCUCACCAAAUUGUCCUUGUGAUCAACCCCAAAACUGGAGAAAUGAAAUUAUCUCUUUGACAGCUCUUGAAGAAGUGGAGCUCAUAGGUUUGGAUGGAACUGAAAAUGAUGUUGAUCUCCUGAAGCUUCUCUUCAGAUGUGCACCUUUGAUGAAGAGCAUGACCGUUGUAUUGGCCCCUGAUUCUUCUUUACCAACCGACCAAGAUUGUGAAGAAAUCUAUAGCAUGUUUGAGGAAAAUCCUCAUGUCAAAUGCUCUGUUGAUCGCAGCCCUUGCAAGGGCUAAGCAAGGUUAUGAAUCCAUGGUCCCCGAUCUGUCUUGUCAAAAGUUGAGUUCAUUUAUUUCCCUAGCCUAGUUUUAUGCUGUUGCUUAAGUAACUAGAUCAGUUCGAUCAACAUGUGCCCUCUGUCUCGGCUACCAAAUGAAAUGCAUGUAUGUAAGACCGGUUCUUUGGUUCAGACUAACGAAAGGGAUCAUGCCCAGAUCUUAAUGUUCA